CUUCUCAGUCAAUUCAUAUUGCCAAACUGAACUCUCUUGUUUUCUUGCAAGAUGAAAGGAGACAACCAUGAAUGAGCCACUAGACAAUUUUGCAAAUGCUUCUGAUUUCCCCGAUUAUGCAGCUGCUUUUGGAAAUUGCACCGACGAAAAAAUCCCACUCAAGAGGCAUUACCUCCCUGUUAUUUACAGCGUCAUCUUCCUGGUGGGCUUUCCAGGGAAUGCAGUGGCAAUUUCCACUUACAUUUUCAAAAUGCGGCCCUGGAAGAGCAGCACCGUCAUCAUGCUGAACCUGGCCUGCACAGACCUGCUGUAUCUAACCAGCCUCCCUUUCCUGAUUCACUACUAUGCCAGCGGCGAAAACUGGGUCUUUGGGGAUUUCAUGUGCAAGUUCAUCCGCUUCAGCUUCAAUUUCAAUCUGUCCAGCAGCAUCCUCUUCCUCACCUGUUUCAGCAUCUUCCGAUACUUUGGCAUCAGUCACCCGAUGAGCUGCUUUUCCAUUCACAAAACGCGGUGGGCAGUGGGAGCCUGUGCUGUGGUGUGGGUCAUUUCGCUGGUGGCUGUCAUUCCCAUGACCUUCUUGAUCACAGCGACCACCAGGACCAAUAGAUCUGCCUGCCUGGACAUCACCAGUUCGGAUGACCUCACCACUAUCAAAUGGUACAAUCUAAUCUUGACCACAACUACUUUCUGCCUUCCCCUGGUGAUCGUGACACUUUGUUACACAAUGAUUAUCUACACCCUAACCCAAGGACCUCAGACGCACAGCUGCCUUAAGCAGAAAGCUCGAAGGCUCACCGUUCUGCUACUUCUGGUGUUUUAUGUAUGUUUUUUACCCUUCCAUAUCUUGAGGGUCAUUCGGAUUGAAUCUCGCCUGCUUUCCAUCAGCUGCUCCAUUGAGAAUCAGAUCCAUGAAGCUUACAUCAUUUCUAGACCAUUAGCUGCCCUCAACACCUUUGGGAACCUGUUGCUGUAUGUGGUGGUCAGUGACAACUUUCAGCAGGCCAUCUGCUCAAUGGUCAGAUGCAAAGCAAAUGGGGGCCUGGAGCAAGCAAAGAAAAUCAGUUGCUCAAACAACCCUUGACAUACUUCAUUUACUCAACCAAAGAGAAAAGCCUGCUGACACGUUCCCUAUAAUUUCAAAAGAGCCUAGACUAUCUCCCUCAAUGGGACUCUCAGUAAAUACUGUGUAUUCAGGUAAUUCUGUGCCAAAGCCAGGGCAGAACUGCUAGGAGUGCUUUGCAAUCCAUUUAUUGGGAUGCCCCCCAUGGGUAGAUAUAAGAAUGGGAUACAUGCAUAUCAGUAAAGGUUUCAAAUGUAAAACUGGAACUCUUGGAACUCAGGGCCACGUCAG